UGUCAGCGAUAACACAGUCGAGAGUCGCUGCUCGGAAUUUCGUUUAUUUUGCCCCGAUUUUCUCCGUUUCCUUUUGACAGUCGGCGCGUUCCCUCCGCCCAACGACUGCCUUCGCCUCGCUAUCCCUCUCGCACGGCCCAAAGGAGGUGGAAACUCGCCGGAAGAUGUGGAAACUGGUGUUAUUAACCGCCGUGGUUGGGAGCCAGGCCUUCUACCUACCCGGUCUGGCACCUGUCAAUUAUUGCACCAAAGGCAACGACGAAGCCAAAUGCGAGUCUCACAUUCCACUGUUUGUGAAUCGGCUGAAUUCCGAAGAGUCAGUCAUCCCCUACGAAUAUGACCACUUUGACUUCUGCAAAAUGGAGAAUGCCAAAGACACCGUUGUGGAGAAUCUGGGGCAGGUGGUGUUCGGAGAGAGGAUCGAAUCUUCCCCAUACGAGAUCGAAUUCAUGAAGAACGAGACCUGCAAGACGGUCUGUUCAAAAUCCUAUGACCCCAAGAAGACUGCUGAUUCUGCGCUUUUGAAGGAGCUCAAGAGGGCCAUGAACUUGAAUUAUUAUCACCACUGGAUUGUAGACAAUAUGCCAGUUACAUGGUGCUAUAUUGUUGAGGGAGGAAAUGUUUUCUGCGCAACUGGUUUCCCCGUUGGCUGUUACGUUGAUGCUGGGAAGAGACCCAAGGAUGCCUGUGUUAUGGACAAGAGAUACAAGGAUCCCAGCACGUACUACAUCUUCAACCACGUAGACCUCAACAUCACCUAUCAUAGCGGCGAGAAGGAGGAAUGGGGCAGCGCCUUCCAGGGUCAUGGAGGCAGGAUCUUGUCUGUGCGUGUGAUCCCGAGGAGUAUCAAGCACAGUGAUAUCACAGGCUGCAACACUGAGGACGUAAUGGGCAUUCCGGAGAACUCCAAGGAACCCAUCACCAUCAAGUACACAUAUAGCGUAAUCUUCUCGAAAUCCGUCGGUGACAACCGCUGGUCCUCACGCUGGGACUACAUCUUGGACUCCAUGCCUCACACCAACAUCCAGUGGUUCAGCAUCCUCAACUCCCUCGUAAUCGUGCUCUUCCUGUCAGGAAUGGUGGCCAUGAUCAUGCUCAGGACCUUGCACAAGGAUAUUGCUCGUUACAACCAGAUUGAUGCAGGAGAGGAUGCACAGGAAGAGUAUGGCUGGAAACUGGUCCAUGGAGAUGUGUUCCGUCCUCCACGCAAUGGCAUGCUGCUCUCGGUGCUGGUUGGCUCUGGCGUGCAGGUGUUCAGCAUGUCCCUCAUCACCCUAGCUUUCGCCUGCCUCGGCUUCCUGUCUCCGGCCAACCGAGGCGCUCUCAUGACCUGUGCAAUGGUGCUGUAUGUCUGCCUAGGGUUCCCUGCUGGAUACACAGCAGCGCGACUGUAUAAGAGCUUCGGUGGAGAGAAGUGGAAGUCGAAUGUACUCCUGACCUCCAUGCUGUGCCCUGGCAUUGUGUUCGCCCUCUUCUUCCUGAUGAACCUCAUCUUCUGGUACAAGGGUUCGAGUGCAGCCAUCCCCUUCACCACCCUCCUGGCCCUCCUGGCGCUCUGGUUCCUGGUCUCGGUGCCGCUCACCUUUGUCGGCUCUUUCUUCGGGUACAGGAAGAGGACCUUGGAGAACCCUGUCCGCACCAACCAGAUCCCCAGGCAGAUUCCCGAGCAGAGUGUAUACACACAGCCCCUGCCAGGCAUCAUCAUGGGUGGCGUCCUGCCCUUCGGCUGCAUCUUCAUCCAGCUGUUCUUCAUCCUGAACUCCAUCUGGUCUGCCCAGACCUAUUACAUGUUCGGUUUCCUGUUUCUGGUGUUCCUCAUUUUGGUGAUCACCUGCUCCGAGACCACUGUGCUCCUCUGCUACUUCCACCUGUGCGCCGAGGACUAUCACUGGUGGUGGCGUAGUUUCCUCACCUCGGGCUUCACCGCAUUCUACCUCUUCAUCUACUGCGUCCAUUACUUUGUGACGAAGCUCAACAUUGAGGGUGUGGUGUCCACCAUCCUCUAUUUCGGCUACACCUUCAUUAUGGUGUUCCUCUUCUUCAUCUUGACAGGAACCAUUGGCUUCCUCGCUUGCUUUUGGUUUGUGCGAAAGAUCUACAGUGUCGUCAAGGUGGAUUAAGUUCUGAGCGUGUGUACUUACUCCCGUGCGUGUUUACUGUCUUCACGAGAGACCGUCUCUGCCUACCAAAUAAGCGUAGAAAUGAGCCAGGAAUCUCCCAGCAGAGAGGGACAACUACCCCAAGGCAGUGGAGAAGAAAAAUCUGUUAUUGGCCGUGUGAUUCUUUUAUCCCAAGGGCAUUAUAUUGAUGUACAUAAUGCGAUUCCCUCGAUCCAAAAGGAAAACGAAAACACUCGAUCAUUUGUAUGCGUCAUUUUUUUUUUUUUUUUUUUUUUCUAUUUUUUCCUGUGCGUAGAAUUUCUCCAACAGGUAUUUUAUCAUCAUUAUUUUUCCUGAGUUGGUAAUGAAAUAAAAGAGAAAAAUGAAAAAAUUAUGUCAAGACUUGCAGCGAUUGGCAGACCCAAGUGUAUUAUGGUAUUGUCAUAGUUUUUUAUUAUUGUUGAUUUUAUUAUUAUUAUUAUUUUUAUUCUUUCCUCUUUUUGAAUGCAGUAUUGGCUGUGGUAUAAGCUGUCCUUUCUAAUAUUUAUUUAAUCAGAAUAGUGUAGGAAAGUUGUAGUCAAGAGUGGGUUUGUGAGUAGGUUAGUGAGUGAGUGAGUACUGGACAGACAAACGCAGA